CUAAUCUAGUUGACUGCCCCUUGCGGUCAGUUGGAUGAACAGCAGGUGAUUUCUCCCAGGAAGCCGUCAUCAUCCGGAGCCGAACCAGUUCCUUCUUCCGCAAACAGAUCUCUGGCACACAGUUUAUCGCCUCAUCAAUGCAGUUGCUGCCUUUCGCUUCCUGCCUCUGUUCUAUACCCCUCUCUGCCCCGACAUUUAUGAGUGACUGAUCAACGACAUGACGGCCAACAGCCACUGUUCGGUCGCGGAGUCGCCGGGUCUGGAGACCCAGCGGCGGGAGAUCGAGUGUCUCCUUCGCGAGAGUGAGCUCCAGGCUGGGGACAGUUGGUAUGUAGUAGAUCGUCGCUGGUUCGAGCAGUGGAAAGAGUUUGUGGAGAGCGGGGACCAGAACUCUUCAUCCUUCCCGGGUCAGAUCGACAACACCGAACUGUUCGAGGAUCUCGACUCGUACCACCUGAAGGAGCGCCUGGUGGAGAACGAGGACUUCGUGUUGGUGCCGGCUGAGGCUUGGCACAAACUUCUGCUGUGGUACGGAAUGACAGAUGGCCAGCCGGCGCUGGAACGGAAGGUGGUGGACCUGCCCAGCACUCUGAAGGUGGAGGUUUAUCCCAUAGAGAUCUUCCUGUGUCUCCAUAGCAACAUGGAGAACGUGAUCAGUGCACAAUUCAGCCGCACCGACAGCAUCUAUGCCAUCCAGACGGCCAUGUGUCAGGCCUUCUCAGUGCCCCCGGGCUCUGAGUGCCAUCUCUGGAUGAAGAGCUCGGACAGCAGCUGCGAGCGCCUCAGGAACGUCCAUGUGAGCGUCCUGGACGCCUGCUUGAGCUCAGGGAUGACAGUGAUCAUGGAGACGAGGAACGCUGACGGCACCUGGCCGAGCUCCAGACCUCAGAACAUGAGGAACUCUGUGGAGGAGCAGGACACGUACAGAGGACAGCCGGGGGUCUGCGGCCUCACCAAUCUGGGCAACACCUGCUUCAUGAACUCUGCUCUGCAGUGUCUGAGCAACACUCCUCCUCUGACAGAGUACUUCCUGCAGAGCUCCUACCUGGAGGAGCUCAACUUCACCAACCCUCUGGGGAUGAAGGGAGAGAUCGCCGAGGCAUACGCCGACAUCGUCAAGCAGAUGUGGUCCGGCCGCCAUUACUCUGUGGUUCCGCGCGUCUUUAAGACGAAGGUGGGUCACUUUGCGUCCCAGUUCCUGGGGUACCAGCAGCACGACAGCCAGGAGCUGCUGUCCUUUCUGCUGGAUGGGCUCCAUGAGGACCUGAACCGGGUCAAAAACAAAGAGUAUAUUGAGCUACGGGACGCUGAGGGUCGACCAGACCAGGAAGUGGCGGAGGAGGCUUGGCGGAACCAUCGUCGGCGAAAUGACUCUGUGAUCGUCGACACGUUUCAUGGCCUCUUCAAGUCCACUCUGGUCUGUCCUGAGUGCCACAAGGUGUCUGUGACCUUCGACCCCUUCUGCUACCUGAGUGUCCCACUUCCUGUCAGCAAGGAUCGCGUCAUGGAGGUGUUCUUCGUCUCUCUAGACCCCCAUGCCAAACCGGUGCAGCAUCGCGUCGUCGUUCCCAAAGCAGGAAGAGUGUCGGACCUCUGCGCCGCUCUGUCGGAGAUGACCAGCGUCCCGCCCACACAGAUGGUCGUUGCUGACGUCUUCAAUCAUCGCUUCUAUAAAAUCUACAACAUAGAGGAAUCUCUGAGCUGCAUUCUGGACCGAGACGAUAUCUUUGUGUACGAGCUAAGCGAGCAGGAUGAGGACUCGGUGCUGCUGGCGCUCUACCUGAGGGAGCGCUCCCACUAUAGGGACUACGGCUCGAGCAGCAACUCGUACGGAGCGUCGCUGUUUGGACACCCGCUGCUGCUCAAUGUGCCGCGCAGCAGCUGCAGCCAGGAGGCGCUCUACAGCCUGUUCCUGCAGAGGCUGGCGCGCUAUGUGCGACCUCCUGACCCUGCUGAGGAGCUGGAAGAGGAGGAGGAAGAUGAAGAAGAGGAGCUGUAUAAGACUCAAACCAAUGGCAUUAGUGAUGACGAACAGGACGCCUCAGAAACAGCUGGACCCACCGAACCUGAACCGUGCUGCAGCAACACGUCUCCUAACGGCCCGUCAGAUGGCGCCGCAGCAGCUGAGCCUCUUCCUGAGGUCAAUCACGCCCCGACCGCUCUGGACCAGGGAGAUACAGAGAUCAGCAACGGCUCCCCGAAUCCGACAGAGAUCCCUAUCUGUGGGAGCGGCGUUGCCAGUAUCCCCGAGGAUACGAGUGCUUGUGGAGAUCUGGGAGCUGAUGCUGAAGCAGAAGGAAGCUCAAAACCACCAGCAGAGGCACCGCAGCAGCCUUGUGACACCACAGAAGGAGAAAACGAAGAGGAGAAGCUGGAGGAAGCUCGUUCUCCUAGUCCUCCCGCCAAUGAGCAUCCAGCAAAGAGACGGGCGUGUCGCAAGAGGAGGAGGAGUCUGUUCACCAUCCAGGCAGUCAACUCAAACGGGACGACUGAGAGAGGGAUGGGAGAGGGAGGGAGCGCCGUUUCCUUCAGCUCUCAGCCAUAUGUGGCCAUUGACUGGGACCCAGACAUGAAGAAGAGAUUCUAUAACGAAAAUGAGGCUGAGCGGUACGUGAAACACGCCAGCAUGGAGGUUCCUCAGCAGCAGACCACCGUUGAGCUGCAGGAGUGCAUCGAGCUCUUCACCAACGUGGAGACGCUGGAGGAGGAGAAUCCAUGGUACUGUCCAGUGUGCAAGAAGCACCAGUUGGCCACCAAGAAACUGGACCUAUGGUCUCUCCCAGAGGUUCUCAUCAUCCACCUCAAGAGGUUCUCCUACACCAAGUUUACCAGAGAGAAACUUGACACCAUUGUGGACUUCCCCCUCAGAGAUCUGGAUUUCUCCAGCUUUCUCCUGAGGAAGGACGUGUCCACCGAGGAGCCUCCGAGCCGCUACGACCUCAUCGCCGUGUCCAAUCACUACGGAGGACUCAGAGACGGACACUACACCAGCUACGCCCAGAACAAGGACAACGGCCAGUGGUAUUACUUUGAUGACAGCAAGGUGACGUACGCAUCAGAGGACCAGAUCAUGACCAAUGCUGCCUACGUCUUGUUCUACCAGCGACAAGACAGGAUCAGAAAGCCCACUCUCGCCGCCCCCAGCACAAGCUCCGCCUCCCCUGCACAUUCUGCCAGCGACAUCACAGAAAUGGGCGCCGCCCCCUCCUGUGGCACCAUGACAACAGACUGAAUUUAAAGGUUUCUUUCAUAGCAGCAGCGGGCCUUUUUUCUUCAGCACACCUGCUGCUGGACUCUCUCAGGUUGAUUCUGCUUAUUGAUUUGGACUCGAACCCGUCUGGAUUUCCGGUUCCAGGUGGAGGAAACAGCCUGAAGCCUUUAAAACGCUCACAUCCUCAUGAAUAAAAUUCACAUUCCACAGAAAAGCUUUUAAACCGUUUCAUAAAACGGGCCAGAAGCUGCUGAAACCAGCUGAGCUGAAAGGUGUCGGUCCGUUUUCUCCUCCGCCUGAAACCAAACUUUUAAUUGUUCUUUACAAACAUCCAGUUUGAUUUGACUUGAUUUUAGGAAAAACUAUUCCAGUUGUGUGCGCAGCCCGGACCGGGCGGCACCGGUAGAUUAUUACCAUGAACAAAGCUGUCAGGGAUUUUAAGAUCUGUAUAUUUUGCUCGUUUUCUUCAGAUAUUUAUUUGUGAUUAAUUCUUUAGAUGAUCGGCUGGUGACAGGAUUUAUUUUGAUAUUUAUAGAUGACAUUUAUAUUCUGGCGGGCCGGGGGGGGGGGGGGGGGGGGGGGUUGUACAGUAUUUUUGUAUUGAAAGAUUAAUUCAUUCCUGGGUGGAGCAGCAGGAAACACUGGGAUGAUUUCUUUCUUUGGUCUUCCCUGUCAAAUAUCAGAGGAAAUUAUUUUAUUGUACAUCUAGUCUUUUGAUAUAAAGGAUUAUCACCACCAGAGGGCGCUGUGUGUGUUUGCAGUUUCUUACUCCAGAUAAAUGAAGAACCUGUGAAUUAAAGUUAGAUGAAAGUCUUGAA